AUGUCGCUGGAGGAGAAGUUGUCUAAGAUCAAGUCUCCCAAUCUACAGAGUCAACAACAUACUGCUGUUGUGCUCACUUCCAUCGAAGAGACUCUGCGAGAUCAAAAAACGAAAUUCACGACGACCGCUUACUUUGCCGCCCUUCUUGCCCUCCUGAAACAGUCCGCUCCAGAUUCACAGCAAGCAAACGACAACGAGAUCGUCACCUCCACCAUAUAUCUUCUCGACCUGGUCACUUCCCACGUUUCUUCGAGUCUGCUUCGCACACAAUUCGGUACCAUCCUCACUCUUCUCGCACCCUACCUAAGCUCUUCUACAACCAACGCCCCUCUGUUGCGAUCAACGAUAGGAUGCCUGGAGUCACUUCUAAAAGCGCAGGAUAAUGCAGCAUGGAGCCUCCCACAGAGCCAGACAAGCCCACGCCAGGCAAUUCCCGUCCUUCUGACUCUGGCGAUCGACCCCCGGCCGAAAAUCAGAAAAAGAGCGCUGGAAGCCUUGACCGAACUCUUGAAGAACCCUCCUCCAGGCCCAGCAAUCGACCAUCCAGCCGCGGAGCUGUGUGCAGUCGCUGCCCAAAAUAACCUUCGCAAUGCCGUUGAUUUGGUCCAGCAGGCCAGGCGACAAAAAGGUAGACCCGAUGACAGCCACGAGCCUGCCGUGAUUCAUGCCCUCCAGCUCACUAAGACAAUUGCUUCUGCCUCUGGCGGUUGGCCGAGCAAGAAGAUCGAGCCACUCUGUGAGCUCUUACUCUCCAUUUCACGCUCGAGAAAUGAUUUCUUGGUCAUGAGUGCUUUCGAGGUGUUUGAGGUCAUUUUCCAAGGAAUGCAGGACGAGGUCUCGUCGUCAAAAUUGCCACGCCUACUCGAAGCGAUUGUGGAAUUGAAGCCUCUACAGAAUGACUCGCAAUUACUGCCACCGUGGAUCGCCAUUUUGUCUCGUGGUUAUGGAACAUCCGCUCUGGUCGAGCCAGGAGAUACCUUUGCGAAGCUACCUGAGCUUUUCGAUCUGAUCUCGUCUUUCCUGACCAGUUCAUCUCACAAUAUUCGGGUCUCGGCGUCUGAGUGUUUGAUUUCGUUCUUUGCAAACUGCAUUCCGGACAGCGUCAUAUCCGACCCAUCGGUCUAUGAUGAGAAGCUGCUCGAGCAGAUAAGCAGUCGAGCACUUGGACUACUAGCGGUCAAAUUUCAAACAGCUUGGAUGGAAGUGUUUCAGUCACUGGCGGCUCUCUUCGAUGCUCUACGUUGGCGAGGUGAUCCGUACCUCCUGCCCAUUGUGAAAGCCAUCGGCGAGUUGAGAACCAACCCAGGAUUCCAAGGCAAGAAGGAGGCAGACGAGGUUCUCGGUCGUGCGAUUCGCAACCUUGGGCCGGGAGCGGUUUUAGGUGUCUUGCCUCUUAACCUUGUCGAACCUGUGCCUGGCCAACUUGGUAGAGCGUGGCUCCUCCCGCUCCUGAGAGACCACGUAUCUAACACAAGCCUAAAUCAUUUCAAGGCCGACCUAAUUCCACUCAGCGAGGCAAUGUACCAGCGGAUUAUUGACCAUGGGUCAGCAGAGAAAACCACAGAUAUCAAAGUCUUUGAGACGGUGGUCCAGCAGGUUUGGGCAACCUUUCCAGGAUACUGCGACUUGCCACUUGACUUGCAAGGUGCGCUGGACCAAUCUUUUGCAGAGCUUGUCUCCAACCUUCUCUAUAAACAGACAGAACUGCGCGUCGAUCUCUGUAGAGGUCUGCAAAAUCUUGUUGAAUCUAACCAAGCCCUCAUUGCGUCAGACCUUGACGAUGAUGUUCUCCUCCUCGAAAGACGAAUUCAGAGAUCCGAAGCUGAGAGGAACCUUCAGCAUUUAGCCCUGUUCGCAAGCAAUUUGCUUGCGGUCCUAUUCAAUGUUUACAGCCAAACAUUACCUCAAUCACGAGCCUACAUUCUGCAAUGCAUCAACAGCUAUCUCAGCAUCACACCCGAGAAGGACUUAGUUGAAACCUUUGAGCGUGUCUCGGCCAUGCUUGCGAAUGAGCUACCAAAGCCAGAUGCUCCCCUACCAAAGAAACAACCGAGCCAAACUCCUGGAAACAAACUCCCCCCCACAUCCCACACUCUUCUUGAUCUGGUCAUUGCACUUUCCGUACAUCUACCUAGGUCAACCUUUGCAUCUCUUUUCGCAAUCUCCUCCAACAUACUCACCAAUACGGCGGUCCUCAAAUCAGAUCCGCAGCUCAUUAAGAAGUCUUACAAACUCAUUCCUCGGCUGGCUACUUCCGACACUGGUGCAGAGGCGCUCAAGGUUCGCAACUCAGAAUUGCAGCAACUCAUCAUUCGCACUUCUGAGACGACUCCGGUACCUGCUCGAAGGGAUCGUAUACUUGCCAUUGAGACUCUUGUCACCUUCCUGCCCUUGAGUGACCUGCACUUUAUUCCCAGCAUUCUGAGUGAGGUCGUCAUUGCAUGCAAAGAUAGCAAUGAGAGAGCACGAACUGCAGGAUUCGAUCUGCUCAUUACUCUGACACACAAAAUCUCAGACCCAUCCAACCCGGAGGGAACAGUCAUCCGCAACAGACUUGUGUCACACAUGCCUGAUGACUCGCUCGAUGCCCCGGCUAAUCUUGAAGAAGUCUUCACGAUGGUUAGUGCUGGUCUGGCUGGUGUAGCACCCCACAUGGUUGCGGCAAGUGUUACAGCGCUGGGCCGACUCCUGUUCGAGUAUCACUCACAACUGGCCAUAAAGACAACAGAAGAACUCAUCGACACGGUGACAAUGUUCCUACAGUCAAACAAUCGCGAGAUUGUACGUGCUGUACUUGGAUUUGUGAAAGUCAUGAUUGUAGUAUUGCCCAACGAGAUGCUCGAGCCGAGGAUGCCCGCAAUUGUCCCCGGCUUGAUGGUAUGGAGCAAGGAAAACAAAGGGCGACUCAGGGCCAAAGUCAAGGGGAUCCUUGAUCGAUGCCUCCGACGAUUUGACCCCAACAAAGUUGAAAGUUGGGUCGGUGGUGAUGACCGCAAAAUGGUGGUCAACAUUCGUAAGCGGAGAGAACGAGCAAGGCGCAAGAAGAAGGGCGACGACGCAGAUGACGUCGAGGAAGAAAAUGAAGACUCGCUGGGCAAGAAGAGAUACGACAACGAAUUUGACGAGGCCGUCUACGGCUCUGAGGACAAUGACUCAGAGAUUGACGGCGAUAGUGACGCCGACGAAGAAAUGGGCGGUGUAUCCCACAAGAGACCCACUGCUAGCGGUGGUGGCCGAAGACGCAACGAGCAAUUCAUCCGGCAAGACGACGAAGAUGACGAGCCACUCGAUCUCCUAGACCCUAAAAGUAUGGGUAGCAUCUCUUCGCGGAAACUCGGUAGACUACGAGACGCCAACGAACCGCGGAAGAGAACAAAAGCCAAAGUCAACGAGGACGGCAAGCUCGUCUUCGGCGGUGCAGAGGACACUGAAGAAAAUGACGACGGCGCCGCCAUCUCUAUGGCGGGGCAGUCAGCAGCAGAGGGUGGCUCGUCAAUCAAUGCGUACCUCGACGCCGUUUCCGGCGCAGACGCCGUCCGCCGCGGCCAAAAGGGACGUCUGAAGGUCAAAUCCGGCAUGCAGAAGAAAACCAAGCUGGACACACGCGAGCGCGAGCGUUCGGAGAUGGACUUGGAUGUCGACGAGGCGCGCGAGAUCGCUAGGAAAAUCAUGGCCGGCGGUUCUGGUAUCAGGGGCAGCGCGAGUCCCAGAUCGCCGAAUGCUGCGACUGCGACUGCGACCUCGACCGGCAAGAACCAACGCAGAGCUCUGGGAGCUGAGAAGGAGAAAGGUGCGCCUCAGCGGCAGAAGUUUCGAGGUGGGAAUGGUGUGGGCAAGCGUCGUGGUGGUGGGAACGUGAGGUUUUCUAGGGGCCGGGGAGGCGGUGGAAGGGGUGGGAGAGCAGAUUCCAGGAGGUGA